AUGGCUGGAAAACGAGGCAAAAAGACGGCCAACAGCAGCAGUCCUCAACCAGCCAGCACAUCCCAAUCCACCGCUAUUCUCGUGCAAUCAACCUCAGGAGCAGCCUCGAACCCAAUCCUCGGAUACAAACUCCGUGUUCUCAUUCACGAUCUUCUUCACGUCACAAAGGAUCCGGCCGCUGCACACCGUCUCAACAGCACCACGGACGAGUACUACAUCAGCGCACCCUACUUUACUCCUGAAGAGGCAGCCACGAUGCAAAACGUGACGCUGGACAGUCUACCCAAUCUCGACCACGUUCCUGGCCGCGGCGAUCAGGAUCUUUCUGCGGCCGACUUGGUCUCCAAACCAGUUCACGAAGCACUGGGUAUACUUUUGUCGGGGUUCCUCGACAAGCGUCGCGCAAGCGGCGAUGCGCGCCCUUGCGGGCCACACCAUCUCGCGCCUUUAUAUGCAGCUUUGUUCAGUGUUGAGUUGUCGGAGCUACAAGAUGCAAAGUUUUUGGGUCGCCUGAGAAGGAACGGGCUAUGA